CAUAAUCCGUUCAUCUAAUUUUGGUGGCGGUGCCAGCCAUCCCUCCCUCUCCUCCAGUGUACGCUGCUCUCACUUUCAUCAACAUCGCGCAGCGCGCAGCACGUGCCGGUUACGCACUCUCUCCGUCUACAGCGCCGAGCGUCUUGGACUCUAUAAUAUGUCACGGACUUUUGGGACAGUCUUGAAAUGACCGAACCACGGGCACGGCUUUGAAUUCGUCUCUCACGGACCGGCUCCGCUCCUCCCCAAAGAACCGGAAUGAGCUUCGCGCUCCGGAGGGGGAAAACCGGGCAUGUCGUUUACUUCUAAACAUUUCUGCUGUGUGCUUAGAUAGGAAAACUUGAGUUAUGGGAUGCUUCGGGCUUUUUUCGAGUCGCUGGAUGUAUUCCAAAACUUUUGAGUAAUUAAUUCGCACGUUAGCGUCUCACCAUGAAGUGCUCGUUGUCCAGUUACGAUAGGAGAUGAAAAGUGAGCUGAAAUAUUAAUAUCAAUGUUCAGCCAGGGCUUUAAUAAAGGGGUGUUUGCGAUUAGUGAUAGGGACCUUAAAUGAACAGUAAUAACAUGCAGACGCGCUCUAUGAGGCUUUUCAGCUGUAAAUCACGUUUAGCCUAUUAAUGUGCAUUUUGUCUUCUAAAGGGAUUAGAUGUCUUUAAUUGUAACUGACUUAAAUGUCCUAAUAGGUUAGUUACUUAUUUUGCUGAUAACAGCAACUAUUUUUUGUUUGGAAGUGAUUGAUAAGAGUACAUUUUACUGUGUAGGCUAUUAAAGAGCGUUUUUUUUUUUUUUUACCAGUAUGCACAAUUUUCUACUUAAUCGGUUAUCGGUCGUUUAACAUCGAGCCCACCGAUAAAUUACAGUAGGUCUCUAUAAAUAUCGUUCAUUUUUAUGGUUGUUUGCAUAAAUUAUUCAACUUUUUAUUCAAUCUUUGCAAGUAAACCCAGAGUAUGAAUUAAUAUUAUUUAUGUUAUUUGUAAAAAACGAUGUGUUUUUAUUGCGGUAUGAUCAUUAUUUAGCUAUCAUUGUGUUGCAGUUUUUUUUAAAUCAGCUGUAGGACGCUUAAAGAAAUACAAAUAAUCGUUUUCGGUCAUUGGGGGGAGGAAUCAAUAUCGAUCAAUUUCUGCUGUAAAUGGUGCACUAGUUUGCUUGUGUCGACACAAUAAUGUUGGGUAGCCCUUCGAAUAACGGAGGCAUUAGGAUGCUGGCCCCCCCUGCUCCCAAUGAUGACAGGCGGGUUGAGUUUGUGGCUCUCACGGCCGUUCACACCGAAAGAAGCGAGCCGUCGACCCCAGAGCGCGGACACCCGUCUCACCGCACCGGCUUACUGGGCACACCGCUGCCGGUGCCCCCGGGCCCGAGGGCGACCCCUUCUGCCUCCAGCAAACGCUUCAGAAAGUUACAGAACUGCCUGUACAACGUACUGGAGAGACCCAGAGGAUGGGCGUUCAUCUAUCAUGCCUUCAUUUUUCUCCUAGUGUUCAGCUGUCUGGUGCUUUCUGUGUUCUCCACCAUCCCAGACCAUCAAAAAUUUGCCAACGAGGGGCUCUUCAUCCUGGAGUUUGUGAUGAUCGUGGUUUUUGGGCUGGAGUACUUUGUGAGGAUCUGGGCAGCCGGAUGCUGUUGUCGGUACAGAGGAUGGCAGGGUCGGCUACGGUUUGCCAGAAAGCCCUUCUGUGUCAUAGACUUCAUUGUGUUUGUGGCGUCACUGGCAGUGAUAGCAGCGGGCACACAGGGAAACAUCUUCGCUACAUCUGCUCUGCGCAGCAUGCGUUUUCUGCAGAUCUUGCGCAUGGUGCGUAUGGACCGCCGGGGAGGAACCUGGAAGCUGCUGGGCUCUGUGGUGUACGCUCACAGCAAGGAGCUGAUCACAGCCUGGUACAUUGGCUUCCUGGUACUGAUCUUCGCCUCAUUCUUGGUCUAUUUGGCUGAAAAGGAGGAUAACCAAGAGUUUUCAACUUAUGCUGACUCCCUCUGGUGGGGAACAAUCACCCUCACUACUAUCGGCUAUGGUGACAAGACGCCACACACCUGGCAAGGUCGGCUUUUAGCAGCUUGUUUUGCCCUGCUAGGAGUGUCCUUCUUUGCCCUGCCGGCUGGCAUCCUGGGUUCAGGUUUUGCUCUGAAAGUGCAGGAGCAGCACCGGCAGAAACACUUUGAGAAGAGGAGGACUCCCGCUGCCAACCUCAUACAGGCUGCGUGGCGUCUCUACUCUACAGAUGCCCAGCACUCAUAUCUCACAGCCACCUGGUAUUUCUAUGACAGUAUGCUGCCGUCCUUCAGAGAACUGACAUUACUGUUCAGUCACCUCCAACGGCAGCGUAGCACCAAGAAGGUUCUUCACAACUCCUACCACACGUUGCUGUCGGGGCUCCGGCCGUAUAGCUCCCCCUACCUGUCCGGGGACAGUGGGAAGAUGGGUUUCCGUGACCGCAUUAGGAUGAACAAUUCACGCUCCUCUCAGGCUAUCCGGAGCAAGGCUUCUCCUUUACCCCCAGGUAAUGUUCGCCGCUCCCCCAGCACGGAGAACGUUUCUGAAGCCACCAGCCCCGGCAAGGUCCAGAAGAGCUGGAGCUUUAAUGAUCGGACUCGAUUCCGUACCUCUCUCCGCCUAAAACCUCGUCCUGCUGCAGAAGUGGAGGGAGUCGGAGAGGAGCACACAGAGGACAAAUCUUACUGUGAUGUUGCCAUGGACGAUGUGAUACCAGCAGUGAAGACCCUAAUCCGUGCUGUUAGGAUUCUUAAAUUCUUGGUGGCCAAGAGGAAGUUUAAAGAAACCCUGCGGCCAUAUGACGUAAAAGAUGUGAUUGAGCAAUAUUCAGCUGGACACCUCGAUAUGCUGGGAAGAAUCAAAAGCCUGCAGACGAGGGUGGAUCAGAUCAUAGGAAGAGGUACCAUUCCAUCAGAUAAAAAAGUGAGGCCUGAAAAAGGGGAGAAAACUCCUCCUGAACUGGAACAGAUGGAUGAAUUAAGCAUGAUGGGACGUGUGGUGAAAGUGGAGAAGCAGGUGCAGUCAAUUGAAAACAAGCUGGACCUGCUCCUAAACUUCUAUUCACAGUGCCUGAAAAAGGGCUCGUCCCACUUCACCCUGUCUUCCCUGCUGGAACCUGACUUGACGUCUGACUACCACAGUCCCACCGAUCAACGUGACCUGUUCCCCUCCGUGAACACCCUUAAUAUCUCCCACUCAGACAGUGGCAACAUGGAAUGACCCCAGAGACACCCGGCAGCAGCCCCGCUCUGAAUGUAGCAUCAGGGCAACUCAUCCAAAGGCUAAAUACCUCCCUAAAUUAACCUAGCACAGUUCCUCUAAACAACUGCUGUAUCCUUGCAUGGGUUCAUCCUUUGCACAGUGGAUGGUGGCUUCUGGCCAACCUUUCUAGACUUUGCCUUGCAAACUAUGCCCUGAUAUUUCGCACUGUCCAGUUUAAAUUUUAACAUGCCUGUAGUAACUUUCUUCUUUUUACUUCAUUUCAACUGAUUCAGGAAAGUUUUAGACAAAUAUUUACUUACUUGGAUUGAAGAUAUUAUCGAGGUUUUGUUGAACAUAUGGAUUUCUUCCAGUAGAUGGCAGAGUUUAAUCUGAAGUGGUCUUCAACCAUCACUUUUUAAAAGUCUUCCAAAAUAUGUGGGGAUGAAUCUCCUGACUGCUACAAAACUGUCCCCUUUACAUUUCGUUGAUGGUAUUUCUUUCUGGAAGUCUCUGUGCCAAUAUCGUUUCUCGGUUUUGUUGAGCUUUUGAUAACCAAUAGGCCCCCAGAGCAAUUCUAUUUUUCUGUCUGUCUUUUUUUCUAAGAAAUCAGGGCAUUGUGAACUGAAUUAGAAUUUCGGACUCUCCUUCUCGGCCUUGGCCUUACACUUUGGCCUGAUGCAAUAGACUCCUUGUGCCACCAGAAGUCGCUGAGCUUCUAAUGAAUGUACUGCAUCCAGUACUUUUCCUUUAUCACUGACAUGUCCUUCAAGAAAACAGCAUCACAGAUUGCUAUAAAGAACAGCAUGAUAGACUGCUGGAUGAUAUUUCCACCAAAGCAUCAUCUCCUGUCAUUUUGAUCUUGCAUGGUUCCUCUGGCCACUUCAGGAAGGAAGGAACUUCAAAAUGUGAGACCCUCAGGUUUCCUUCUCGCAUCUCUUUGGCUUAUUGGGUCCCUCUCUUCUGCGAUAGCGCCCUUGCCACUGCAUCAUCUCUCAGAAGCCCACCGUGCAAAAAAUAAGAAAAUCAAAUAAAUAAAUAAAAGUAUUCUUUGAUGAAAUAGCCAGCAUUAAAGUGCAUGUUAAUAGUUUGAAUAGUUCAGGCAAGUUUGAUUUAAUUUAGUGGGUUAUAGUUAUAGAGGCUGCUCAUAUGCCCUUCUCUCUGAUCCUCAGCCUCUUUGCCUUGCAGCCCAUCUCUUCAUUCAGCAUGUGCAUCAGUCUAACUGCAAACAAGCAAGAGGGUCAAAAGAAGUCUAUAGCUCCUCCCCAAAUGAGACUCUCAAUCAGUUGAGAUUUAAAGGGAUAUUUCGCUCAAAAAUUGUAAUUUGUGUCCUUCCAAACAUGUAUGAUGGACCUUUUUCACAUUUCUACGCUGUUAAAGAAAUUCGUAAAAAUAUGGCACGAUGUACUGUAUUAAUACUGUACUGUACUGUGUUAGGAUUUUUUUAUUUUAUACAGGUGUUUUACCCGUAGUUUGAAUUUUGCACUACAUUGCGUUGUGUUUUACAGGUAAUGGAAAUGUCUGUAAAAUUACUGCACAACUACCAAUACAUUUUCCCUUUCUUUUCUUAUUUCGUACAGUGUAGGGUUUUCCAAAAGCAGAAACAACAACAAAUACAAUUGCUGUUUCUCUGAUAUCCAAACAAUAUAUAAAUAUUAAGAUAUUUUUAGAUAUUUUAGAAAAUAUCUCUGUAGUCCAUAUAAAUUCAGUGAGGUCCAAAACAGCAUAUCUGACCCUAUAGCUCUUAAUUAGGUUAGAGGGCAUAUUAAAGGCAUAGUUCACUCAAAAAUCUAAAUUUCCCCAUGAUCUACUAUGAUUACACCUAGAUUGUAUUUUGUAAAAUCUGAAAUAUGGAUAUUUUUCCAAAAUUUAACACAAAUGAAAAUCUUCAUUUUAUUAACCCCCUGGAGCUGUGGGGCUCUUCUUCUUUUUUUUUUGUGGUGGAUGGAUACACUUUUUUGCCAUUCAAAAUCUCGAACACAAUCCACUGCCAUUAUAAAGCUUGAAAGAGCCAGGACGUUUUUUGAAUAUAACUCUGAUUGUGUUUGCCGUAAAGAAGAAAGUAAUAUGCAUGAAUAUUUUUGGGUGAGCUAUCUCUUUAAAUUUUGAAUACAAGACCGUGAGAAACUUGCAAUCUUUACAGUGGUCCUAGAUCAUGCUAUUUUCACAACUCACAACUUUCAAAACUGCUCCAUGGUGUCUUCUAAAACUCUUAUUUUUCCAGAAAGAUUUUUCGUCACUUGAACAAUCGGUAUGACGUUAAACAACAGACCAAUCCAUUGAUCACACUGUACUUCCUGUCAGAAAUGAAAUACAGUGCUACCCUGACUAAUGUCUAUUAAAGCCACACGCAUUUGUAACAGCAUGAGUAUAUGAUGACAGAAUAAUUAUUUUUGGGUGAACUAUCCCUUUAAUUCUGUUUCACCAGGUUAUGACCUAACAUUGAAUGCCUUGUUUUGUCAUUCAUCAUCACCCUUAAAGAUCAAUAGGUCAGAGAUCAACCCGGCAUGAAGAAAUACUUAUCAUGCAUUAUGUUUCUGAUUAUUCAAGAACAAAAAAGACUCUCAUAGUGUCUCACACUUGACCUUAACCUCAGCCAUGUACAGACUUGCCACUACUUUUGAAUAACUGAGUAAACUGGGAGCACUGAGACUAAUCCGAGACAUUGAGAUGAGCAUUGAUGCAUGAUCUCAACAUUAAUAUCUAUGCAUGCAGUUAUGGGACUGGUUCCAGCUUUACAUGACAUGCAGUUCAGGUAACGGACAGCAUGGAGCGGAUUGUAGGGAAUACAGCACUCCUCUGCCUUUCUGACAUAGUGAGAGCACACCGACCAUGUGUUUACGGUACAACGGUGGACCUAAGAGAUCGUUUAGGCCACUCGUCAUGGCAUUCAUUUAUCAUUCUAAUGGACAGAACUGGAGUAGACAAUUCAAGCAGAAUUUUCUAUAUUUACUUUUCCCUAGCGCCUUCACGGAUUCCAGUACGUGCAUCCAAAGUGCAUUCAGUACAAAAUCUCAAUCUCCUUUUCGUCACAUUUGUUUCUACUGGACUGCGUUCGAAAACAAACACCUGUUUUCAGAAGUUCUUGUUUCCCGAACACACACUCUCCAACCUCUGUCCCUUUAAUAAGAACCCUUCAGGCAUUACGUAACACUUUUUUCCUCGUUGAUAUGAUUGGUAACUGCUAAUGUGAGAGGUAACUUAAUCUAUAAUGUGUAUGUUUAACUCUGACAUGAUUGUAAAAAUAUAUAUAUAUGAAUAAAUCCAGAUUUUGUUUAUGAAAAACAGGUGUAACGGAUCUCUG